UUGAAAAAGAAAUCGCUUGAAAGUCAGAUCAAUCUUCCGUCAUUUCCAUUUACAUCUUAUCUCCCAAAAAAACAAUGGAUCAAGCUUUGCAACGAACCAAAAUCAUCAGCAAUCAUCUCUUGCAAUCGAAUUCUUCUCAGAUUAUUUCUGCAAACGCAUGCUUAAGCUACUCUCCCCCUGAACCCAAUGAAGUUUUUCAGUUUGACAUUAAAGAGAUGCGGAAACUGCUAGAUGGUCACAACUUGAAGGACCGAGAUUGGCUGUACAAUCUGGUUAUACAGAGCAAGAUGUUUAAUCCCAGGCAAGUGGGAGAGAAAGUGUUCGUAUCGUCUGAUUAUAAUCAGCCGAUGGAGCAGCAACGAGAGAUCACCAUGAGGAGAAUUUCCUACCUGCUUGAACGAGGUGUUUUUCGAGGCUGGCUUACUGGCCAAGGAGUCGAACCUACUUUGAGAAGAAUAGCUCAAUCUGAAGUCCUUGAAAUGUUUGACCAUUCCAUCAGCAUCAAGCUCGGUGUUCACUUCUCCUUGUGGGGUGGAGCCAUAAAGUUUUUGGGGACAAAGCGACACCACGACAAGUGGCUAAAUGACACUGAGAAUUAUGUGGUGAAAGGUUGUUUUGCAAUGACGGAGUUGGGACAUGGAAGUAAUGUUAAAGGAAUUGAAACAGUUACCACAUAUGAUUCAAACACUGGAGAAUUUGUUAUAAACACUCCUUGUGAGUCAGCUCAAAAAUAUUGGAUUGGUGGGGCAGCCAAGCAUGCAACACAUACCGUGGUCUUUUCGCAGCUUGAAAUUAAUGGGAAAAAUCAAGGGGUUCAUGCAUUCAUUUGCCAGAUCAGGGAUGCAGAUGGUAAUAUCUGUCCUAACAUCCGGAUAGCUGAUUGUGGUCAUAAAAUUGGGUUGAAUGGGGUUGAUAAUGGUCGAAUAUGGUUUGACAAUGUCCGAAUCCCCAGGGAGAAUUUGUUGAAUUCAGUUGCUGAUGUUUUACCUAAUGGAGAAUAUAUGAGUGCAAUUAAAGACCCAGAUCAGAGAUUUGCAGCUUUCAUGGCCCCUCUAACAUCUGGUCGUGUAAAUAUAUCAGCAGCUGCGGUGUACAUAUCAAAGAUUGGCUUAGCAAUAGCUAUAAGGUAUGCAUUAUCAAGGCGGGCAUUUUCUAUUACACCAAAUGGGCCUGAAAUCCUGCUGCUCGAUUAUCCAAGUCAUCAACGGCGACUAUUGCCUCUCCUUGCAAAGACAUAUGCGAUGAGUUCUGCUGCAAUUUACAUGAAGAUGCUAUAUGUGAAUAGGACACCUCAGUCAAACAAAAUCAUUCAUAUUAUUUCAAGUGCAUUCAAGGCUACUUUUACCUGGCAUAAUCAGCGAACACUACAGGAAUGCCGUGAAGCAUGUGGAGGACAAGGCCUGAAGACUGAAAAUCGUGUUGGUCAUUUCAAAAGUGAAUUUGAUGUGCAGUCUACUUUUGAAGGGGACAACAAUGUCCUGAUGCAGCAGGUUAGCAAGGCUCUUCUUGCGGAAUAUGUAGCAGCUAAGAAGAGAAAUAAUUCUUUUAAAGGUUUGGGAUUAGAACAUAUGAAUAAGCCUUGCCCUGUAAUCCCAUCUCAGCUUACAAGCUCGCUCCUCAGGAGCAGCCAAUUUCAAAUGGAUGCAUUCUGCUUAAGGGAGAGAGACCUGUUGAGCCGUUUUGCUGCAGAAGUAUCACAGCAUCAAGUUAAGGGACAAAGUAAACAGUAUGCCUUCAUUCUGAGUUACCAGCUUGCUGAAGACUUGAGUAGAGCUUUCUCAGAUAGAUUAAUACUGCAAACCUUUAUUGAGGCGGAGGCAACUGUGACAACGAGUUCUUUGAAGAAUGUGCUAGGUCUGUUGAGAUCAUUAUAUGCUUUAACACGCAUGGAAGAAGAUGCUGCAUUUCUCCGAUAUGGGUACUUGUCAAAGGACAAUGAUGCUGCUGUGAGAAAGGAAGUGAUGCAACUCUGUUCUGAAGUUCGACCACAUGCACUUGCUUUAGUCAGUUCCUUUGGCAUUCCUGACGCUUUCUUGAGCCCUAUAGCAUUUAACUGGAUUGAUGCAAAUUCUUGGUAUGCAGUUGAUCAAUAAUUUAUGUAUGGUACUUCGCUCUCAAUUAUCCACAUAAGCAGCUAGUGGAAUUUUCCACUGUUUAAAUCGUGCUGAAAUUUAUUUUUUGUAAAACAGAUUAUUGUAAAUUUGGGCUCUUUUUGCUUUUUAUUUUUACACGAAUAAAGGUGGAUUGGUUU